AUGGGCGCCUAUAACCCCAGUCGUGGCAAGAAUAUCCAACAAAUGAAAGCCGCCUACGAAAACGAACCAUCGCCACCUAAACCAAAACCCCGAAAACGAGAUUCGGCAAUGCUUCGCGAUGCAAACAGUGUCGAGAAAACGGAACUAGAUUCGGGAACCGACGAUGAUUCACAACUAUCAAUUCGUGAAGUACAACUAUUAAGCGGCAACGGAGCACUUCGAAAGAAAUUUAAACUACUAACAAAACACGAAAAAGAUAUCAAAUGCUUUCAAAUAACACACUAUGCGGCGCUAGAAUACAUAGCAGAAAACAAGAAGAAAGCAUUCGAAAUUAUUAAAGAACAAAGACAAAACCUGAAAAAACUGAACUACCUAGAACAAAACACUCUUGCUAAUAUAAAGGAUAUUCAAUUAUACUAG